AUGUCAAAGAGCCUAAAUCAUAAUGACAAUGAUACCGAGCUAAGUAAUACUUCUUCAAAUACUGUGUUGAAUAACCAACCUUUGGUUCCUGAUCCAAUUAUUAUAUCAAAUGGUAAAGAUCAACCGAUUCAAGAGCUACAAAAACUGAAUUAUGCUAAUGAAGAAACAGACGCUGAAGAAAAUAACUCGAAUCAAUCAACUCCUUUGGCCUUGCCAACAUCAUUGAAUUAUGAUAAAAAUAAAAGUACCAAUGACAAUAAUUCAUUAAACAACCAAACUAAUGAAUUUUCAUCGUCAUCAAUUUCGCUAGAUUCAUUUUCUCUCAAUAAUGAGUCUUAUAAGCACGAUUUCGGUAAUAUAUCAACUUUCAACAAAAUCAAAUUGUUCAUUAUUAAUUUCAAAAAUAAUUGGAUUCUACCAAAUGUUGGUAUUUCCUUACUUCUAUUUUCACAAUUUUUAAACUCCAUCAUGGUUACAACUUGUAAAUUAUUAGUCACUGAUAAAGAUUUCAAUAAACCAAUUCAUCCAUUACAAAUUUUAUUUGUUCGAAUGUUUAUAACUUAUAUUUGUUGUUUAUUAUACAUGUUUAUAACUAAAUCAGUACCUGAAGCACCAUUAGGACCUAAACCAAUUAGAAAAUUAUUAAUCAUGAGAGGUUUAGUUGGAUUUUUUGGAGUUUUUGGUAUGUAUUAUUCUUUACAAUAUUUAAGUUUGUCAGAUGCUGUUGCAAUUACAUUUUUAAUUCCAAUGGUUACUGCAUUCUUAGCAUUUUGUAUAUUAAAAGAAAAAUACUCAAUUUUGGAAGCUAUUUGUUCAAUUUUUUCAUUAGGUGGUGUUGUUUUAAUUGCAAAACCUUCAUUUAUAUUUGGUUCAAUUUCAGAUAAUGAAACAAAUUCAAUUGAUGAAUCUAUAGAAAGUGCGAGUACUGAAAAGAGAAUAAUUGCUACUGUUGUUGGUUUAAUUGGUGUUUGUGGUGCAUCUUGUGUUUAUAUUGUUUUACGUAAAAUUGGUAUGAAUGCUCAUCCAUUAUUAUCAGUCAGCUAUUUUGCAUUGAUAUGCUGCAUUGUCACCUUUAUUACAAUUUUAAUCUUACCUGGUUUAUCAUUUAUAUUACCUUCAAAUUCUUAUCAAUGGUUUUUAUUUUUCAUUAUUGGAUUUUCGGGAUUUUUUAUGCAAUUUAGUUUAACUGCUGGUAUUCAAAGGGUUAAAGCAAGUAGAGCAAGUCUUAUGGCUUAUUCUGGAAUGGUAUUUGCAAUUAUAUGGGAUUUAACAAUUUGGCAUCAUACACCUGGAUUAUUAAGUUUUUUGGGUAUUUUUUUAAUUAUUGGUAAUGCUAUUGUAAUAUUAAAAUUUAAACCGGAAAAGAUUUCAAGUAGUAAUGUGAAAGAACAAGAUUUGGAAAAUAAUGGUAAGUAUAAUGAAUUAAAUGAUGAUUCAUCGUCAAUUGCAUUGGAAGAAUUUAUAAUCACAGAUGAUGAUGAUGAUGGCGAUAAAGAUGGCGAUAAAGAUGACGAUCAAAAUAAUGGUCAUAGAUCUUAG